AUGUCUAAUUCCGUCGCCUCGACAUCCUACCGAGUCGGACCUCCUUCGCCCCCAUCGCCCCCCGCCGGGUCGCUCAAAGAGCAGCACUCCCAUCCUCCUCCUUUCCCACUUCUUGCCAUCGAAGAGAUCCCCCAGACUCCGACAUCCCCUCCGUUGAUGUCGGUCAGCGCUGAAAACUAUGCCUCCAACAUCACAUCUUCCCAAACAUCUCCCAGCCAGACGACGGCACAACCUACAAACUUCUCCUCUCCUCCAUCGUCAGCCCCGAUGUCGACCCAGACUUCACAACAGCCGACAAUGAUGACUGUGACAAAUUCUUUCCCCACCCCUGCCAGCAGCGUGAGCGGUCACGGCAUGGGUGCGACCGCGGCCGAUGAUCUCGAUCACUCGGAAAACUCUUUUCCUUCUUCAGACCCUCAAAGCUUGAGGUCGGCAGCGCCAACAAUACACGAACACAGACGGACCGACCACGAUCGACACUGGACGGAUGCGCAGCAGGCCGCAGUCGGUGUCCGUGAUUUCGCGAAUUCUGGCGGUCGGGAAGACCUGCCGAAGGAUGGGGACGCCAUGGAUGUUGAUAAGGAUACUACUAAUCCAAAUGAUUCAGAUCUUGCCUCGUUACAAAAGGACUUCACAUCAGCUUUCCAUCUGUGCAAAAGCUCUUAUACCGCUACCGGCCCGAAUCCAUCAUUAGAUCUCAUCUCGCUCUACGGGCUCGGCCCCGUGGCCAACUCGGUUGCCAGAAUCGAUGCAGUCACCGGAGAGAAGAUCAAUCGGCUCCGUAAGUCUUACGAAGGCAAGCUAAAGGGUCUGGGACUCGCGGGACGGAACAAGCCGGUCAAACUCGAAUCGGGAGCUUCGGGUGGACUUCGACAACUUAUGAUGUGGCCUGAGGAGGAAUGGCAAAACCAGCAGGUUUAUGGGAAGCAGAUCAAAGUCGCGGACAUGGACACGGCGUUAUACAACUUGCAGAUGAAGGCCAUGAAAAUGGAGCCGGGCCCCGUACCGAAUAGUGAUUACUGGGAGGAUAUAUUGGGUCACGAGAAGCCAUCAAAGCAGACCGGCACCCCUGCAGUCGCUACUGUCACCUCGGCCGCAGAUGGCAAGAAACCCACCGGGUCAAUUGGCACACCUCGACCUAAUAUUGCGGCGAACGGCACCCCCCAUCCUGCGGAACUGGAGCGCAGCCGGCCGAGUCGCGGACGCAAGAGGCAUUAUGAUGACAAUAGCUUUGCAGGUUAUGGCGAAGGCUACGCUGAUGACGAUGACGACGGUGCUUUUUACUCUAACGGGGAGGGAAUAGGCAAGAAGAAGCGGAAGAAGGAUCAUGUUUCAAAAGUGUCCACUCCCAUCCCUGAACGAGGAGGCAGCUACGGAGUCGGCAUGUUCGGCAUCGGAGCUCGAUAA